AUGGGCUUUACAUCAUUUUGGAUUCUUGUGGUUUUCGUAGUGUGUUUCGAACAAUCCAGCAUCGCAAACCACGUCAAUGUACUCGGCAAGAACGAUCCUGGCAGAUCAAGACCAAAAAAAUCGGUUGAUGCUGAAAUAUAUGUUGCAAUUCCGCCGGAUAACGUUAAAACUGGCAAACAAGACGGCCCUCCGACGUUGAUACGCUUGGAUCCAAAUUCUCCAAAUAAGUUCAAGGGCAAGUUUCCGACACCAAUCGAACGUUUUAUUCAACGCAUACAAAACUAUUUUUCCGUAUAUAAUCCACCAGAGUACUUGAAUGACUUGAGGCCCGGCAUCAAUAAUCAGGAAGAAGACUAUGGGUACCAGCCGUUAGAAUCGUCAAACAAUACACAGAUACUACUACCAUGUAAUGGUACGAGCACGAUAGUGAUCAUUCCUGUGCCGUUGGAAAAUGAAAACGUUUCUUCCGAUCAAAAUGCGUAUCCAGAAAAACCUGACAAUUAUAUAAUAGCGCCCACGACAUCGAAACCGAAUUGCCCGGAAGAUGUAACUACAACGAAACCGAAAUGUCCUGAAGUAGUAACGCCGAAGCCUAACUGUGUGGAAGUUACUACUCCAAAACCAAACUGUCCGGAAGUGACCACUCCAAGACCAAAGUGCCAAGAAGUCACUACUCCGAAACCAAAUUGUCCGGAAGUGACAACUCCAAAACCAAAUUGUCAGGAAGUGACAACUCCGAAACCUAACUGUCAGGAAGUGACCACUCCUAAGCCUAACUGUCCGGAAGUAACCACUCCAAGACCAAGGUGCCCAGAAGUCACAACUCCGAAACCCAACUGUCCGGAAGUAACCACUCCAAAACCUAAAUGUGUGGAAGUUACCACUCCAAAACCUAACUGUCCAGAAGUGACCACUCCAAAACCAAAUUGUCCAGAAGUGACCACUCCAAAACCAAAUUGUCCAGAAGUGACCACUCCUAAACCUAAGUGCCCGGAAGCAACAACUCAAAAACCACCUUGUCCUCCAAAACAAAUUUCAACAGCAAGUGAUCCUAAACCUAUAUCUGGAUACGGACCUACUGAAGCUCCUCCACUGAACUUAGUAGCUCAGCCCGCUCUUGGUUCUACCGUUCUUUAUUUUUACAAACAACCCACAACAUCACCACCCUAUAACCCACCUGUUUAUAAUCCGCCUGCAGUUUAUAAUCCACCGGCUCCCGCAUAUUACAUACCGAAUACUCAGUUGCCUUACGAAGAAACCACCCGAAGACCCAAGCCGCCUAUUUUACGUUUAAAACAGUUACUAUUCCCCCGUCUGUAUGCAGCUUUUCAUCCUGACGAGUGA